AUGGCUUUCAGAAAAUGGCUGCCCAAAAAUGACAAGUCCAGGCAUAGGAGUAAUAGCUCGUCUCAAAGGAAAGAUAAGGUGCAGGGUGAUCUUUCUAGCAGUUCUGUGGCUCUCAAGGUGCAGAAUUCUCAUGUUUUGCUUGCUGAUUGUAAGUCUUCUGGGUCAGAAUUAGAGGGUGAUGGCUGUAAGCAAGUUGAUAAGAAAUAUAAUGAGGAGAAGUACGAUGCAUCUCCCGAUAUAAACAAACUACAGCAAUGUUUAUGUGGACAGGACGAUGUUAAUUUUAUCCAACAGUUUCUAGGGGAUGCUAAAGAUACAUUACAUGAGCUCUUUUUCCCAGGCUUGGUGACACGAGAAUCUGAACAUUUACCUUGUGGAGAUGGUUCUACGAAAGUUUUUGGGUUGGAAAACUUUGGAAAUACCUGCUAUUGUAAUUCUGUUCUACAGUGUCUAUUUAAUUUGAGUGAGUUGCGAACUAACAUUUUAAUGUAUCCAAUCAGAAAGGACCCUGCUUCCAGGAAGCCGAAGCUUGAUGUGGUAGGGUUGAAACCCAGAGUAUUUACAGAAGCAGGUUUAGCAUGCUCACAUAGCCCUUGUUUCUCAAAAAAUGGGAAUAGUACUGUGACUGAUGCUGGGACUGCUUCUGCUAAUGCUACUCCUAAUGCUGAUGCUAAUGACAAAACAAUUAGUGUUGAUAGUUUAGGAGGUAGUUCACAAAACGUGUCUCCUGUGACUUCCAAGGAUCCUUUUAAAAGGUCGUCAUUGAGCUUUUUUAAAAACAACGAUCCUCAGAAGGAUAAGGAAAUAGCUGCGGAACUCAAGCAUAAUUCAUCUUCUAACGAAGUUUCAGGAAACGAUAAAUCAGAAAGGGAUAGCGCUGAAUCAAAACAAAAUAUUCCAUUUCUUCCUUCGGGGUCCCCAACACCUGAAGAUCGUCCUGAUGGAGCACACCUGAGUCAAGAUCAAAUACUUGAAAAACUGCAUGAAGGUUAUACAAGGAUAGUUGUGGGGCGUACUACAGGUAGAGUAGCUCCACAGAUCCAGAAAUCUUCAACAACUCUUUUUUCAACGUUUGCAAAUGGUCGUAAUUCAUCCACAUCGUCUUCCACCUCAACUACCUCUUCAGCAACUACUGCUAAUUCAAAUUACCAACGAACUCCCGUGGCAUCUUCACCUAUUUAUUUGACUGGGCCGUCAAGUGAACAACGGAAGAAAGCAGCUUUAAUAUCUGGUCCCGUUUUAAACAUUGAUCAUCCGUUGGAUUCGGAUUAUUUUCCCAGCAAUACAGAACCUAAUCUUUACAGUUCCCUAAAAGAUGUUUUUGAAUGCAUAGUUGAGUCUAGAUCUAUGCUUGGGGUUGUUUCGCCGGUCCAAUUGGUCAAUGUAUUAAGAAAAGAAAACAUCCUAUUCGAUAGUACGAUGCACCAAGAUGCACAUGAGUUCUUUAACUUUCUGAUGAAUUCUUUGGGCGAAUUCAUACAGCGUCAACUCGAACAAACCCAAACUGAGAUUCCAGAAAACUUUGUUCAAUCGUUGUUUCAGGGGACCAUGAUAAAUUCUAUAAAAUGCCUAACUUGUGAUAAUGUUACUUCUAGUGAUGAACUGUUUUUAGAUUUUGCUAUACCAGUUAAUGAAGACGAAGAGGUUAAUAUCCAAGAUAUGCUUUCUAAUUUCAAUCAAAGGGAGAUGCUAAACGGCGCUAAUAAAUUUUAUUGUGAUUCUUGUAAUGGGUUACAAGAAGCCGAACGUACAGUUGGAUUGAAACAGCUUCCGAAGAUACUAUCAUUACAUUUGAAGCGGUUUAAAUACAGUGAAAAACAUCAAUCCAAUAUAAAGUUGUUUAACAAGAUUUAUUAUCCACUGAAGCUAAAGGUAUGUACGAAAUCAGACACUAUCGUUUGCAAGAAUUAUGAGUUGAACGGUAUUGUGAUCCAUAUGGGCGGAGGGCCGCAGCAUGGUCAUUAUGUUGCUAUCUGUAAACACGAUAUGUUUGGCUGGCUAUUGUAUGACGAUGAAACUGUAGAAUCUAUUGAUGAAGAAACUGUCUUUAAAUUUGUAGGUGAUGAGAAAGACAUGACUACUGCCUAUGUGUUAUUUUUCAAAGAGGUAGAUCCAAACAAUAUAAAUGUUCCAGUGGAUUACUACCAUAACGUUGACCAGUUAAUCAAAUGUGAUGAAUGGGUUCGACGUAAAUGCAGCGCAUCUGCUAAUGUUAAUAGUGUACCAAUAGAAGAAGUUCCUGAGGAAAAAGAUAAUUGUGCCGCUCCUACUGUGAAUUCUAGUAGUACACCAAAACGCAGAUCAAAGUUAUUUAGUUUUAGACGAUCAAAGGAAUGA